GGCUCUGGCUCCUACUCAACACUUCUUUGUAAUAUCUUCUCUCCAGACAUUCUUCUUUCAGUUUAUAAUUUAUUAUCACGCUGUGAAUAGUUUAUUUAUGAGCUACAGGCGAACUAUUCCCCAUAUCUCUUUACUAUUGGAGGAAUACAAGGGAAUCUGAACUUCUGCAGAUGACAGCAUGUGCACGAGGUCUUCCUUGCUAGGUAUCACAAGUAAAUAUAGAUCAUGCGAACCCCCUUCUCUUCCAGCGACUUCCCAUCGGGUCAUUUUCUUUACCUUUCAUGAAAUAUCCAACUAACUUCUGCUCCUUGUAUCCUUUCUUCAUGCAUUUCGCCACUUCCGAGUUUUUGAGUUUCUGCGGUUCUGCUUCUCUGCAUUAGCACCUGUUACAGCUCUCCUUUCUGGCCUCCAGACAGUGGAACAUCUCCCUAUUUCUUGGCCAGUACCAUCAUGCAUUUGCCUUGAUCUCUAAGAGUUUACUUCUGCAGGAUACGUACAAUGCAUCCAUCACGCCUGAUUGAACAUAUGGAAUGUAAAAGGCCAGUAUCCACUUUCUAUUCCUUCAUAUUUUCGUCGUUAGUUUCUGUAACCCUAUCACCCAACCACGCGCGGUAGUUCUCUCUCACUCGGAAUUCUCCUUUUCUCUCAAUUGUUGAUUUGUUGCCUCACCUAGAAGGCAUCAACUGAUGAAAUGUAUGACAUCAGAGCUCCUGAUUGGAUGGAAGCACUUCUUACGCGGGGUGGACAUCCUCGAAAGCUACGAGUACAAUUCGUAUUUUCUCUCAUUCAGAUCUUCUUGAGCAAUUGAAAUUGGGCCUGUUCCAAAAGCAAGAGAGACAAAUAAGAUCGUGUUUCCGAAUAGAUUAUCAUAAUGCUAUUCAAUCUUUCCUUGCUUUUUACACUCCUAUCGGGAGCUACAAGUGCAAGCCUAAUCAAAACAAAUUCCCAAAAUCCCCUCAUCCAAACCCACAGAAAGGACUAUACAGGAACAGUCCGAAAAGCGUAUCCCAUUUCUCCCAUACUCUCUACCUCUGAGCUUACACAAUGCAGCCUCAACAAAUCCUCCAUCAUUCCCGAAGUCCUGGAUGAUUUCAAGCCCAAAUGUUUCAUUACAGCUUACUACAGCAAGAACUCCGGCAAGACCCACAAAGGUGCCGUCGAUCUGGGUAACAAGUUCAAGCCGAAGCAGACAAAGAAACCACCAGGCUUGUCGAUCUAUUGUCCCGACACACUGGAGACGCCUGGUUUGGUGGCGGCACUCACCGAUCCAGAUGCGAAGAGUAGAGAAGAUCCGAAGUGGUCUGAGAUGUGCCAUUGGAUAUACAUAAUCCCCACUCGUUUCACCAGCACAAUUCAUAAACCCCUCGAAUUCUCUAUCCUCAGCUCUGACGAUCCAGAUUUGGACCUGGUUGAAUAUAAACCUCCCGGCCCACCACCGAAAACAGGAUACCAUCGUUACGUCUUUGUGAUUCUCGAAGGGGACACCACGAACCUGACAGCACCGGACGAGCGCCAGCAUUGGGGCACGGGCAAGGUGAGGCACGGUGUUAGAGAUUGGGCUCAGAGGGAAGAUUUGCAAGUUGUGGGUGCGAAUUGGUUCAUCGAGAGGGAUGAGAAGCAGUGAAUAAGGCUCGAAUUAAUGGAGUAGUGGUGGAUGAGUUGAGCGCGGCCUGUGGUUAAUGACUUGUAUGAUGCGGUAUAUGAGUGGACGGGUGUAAAGACAAAGUAAUGCCUCUGAGUUGGGAUGGGAUAUUCAUCUUUCGAAUUACAAGUUAGAAGCCACCUGUCACAAUGGCGUCCACGAAAGUAAAAGGACAUCCUAAAAUCCUACGAAUUAUAUCU